GAUUGGUGUUUUAUGGUUUAACGGCGGAAGCGAUGAGUUCUGCUCGCUGCUCAAUGUUUUCAACUGUCCUUCUCCUCCUCCUCCUGCUCCUCCUCUUCCACACUUACGUAUCCCCGACUGCAGCGGAUAGCGUUGCCGACGCUGCCGCCCUUAUGGCGUUCCGCAACGCCGUCGGACGACUUGCACUCCCCUGGAACACCUCUGUCUCGUUGUGCAAGUGGCCUGGCGUAAUCUGCACCGGAGACCGCGUCACCUCCCUCCACCUCCCUGCCUCCGGUCUCAUUGGCCAAAUUCCCGCCGGAACGCUAGGUAACCUCUCAGACCUCCAAACCCUCUCCCUCCGCUUCAAUGCUCUCUCCAGCCCCCUCCCAUCCGACCUCUCCAGAUGUACCCAGCUCCGGAAUCUAUACCUACAUGGAAACCGCUUCUUUGGUGAUAUACCGGAGUUUCUCCCUUCUCUCACUGCCCUUGUACACCUCAACCUCGCCGACAACAGCUUCUCCGGUGAGAUUCCGCUGGCGCUCAAUAACCUAACGCGACUCGGAACGCUCUACCUUGAGAGAAACCAACUUAUUGGUCAGAUCCCGGAACUCGAUCUUCCCAACCUCAUACAGUUCAACGUAUCCUUCAAUCGGCUUAAUGGAUCCGUGCCUUCGAAGCUCCGUGGCAUGCCGGCGGACGCUUUUUUGGAUAUGCCGCUCUGUGGUGAGCCGCUUAGCGCUUGUCCCGGCGGGGAUUCAAGUGGUAGCAAGCUUUCCGGGGGUGCCAUUGCGGGGAUUGCUAUUGGCUCACUUGCUGUGUUUCUUAUCAUCUUCGGUGUUCUGUUUCUGCUUUGCCGGAGGAAAAGGAAGACCGGCGAUGCGAAGCCAUUUGAGGUGGAAGUUGCUCUUGGAGAUAAAAAAAUGGAGAAUGGCUUUCGAGCGGAUGGCAGGCCUGCUAAAGCUGCCGCCGCUGUUGCGCCUGCUGCUUUAGAGUCUCAGAAGCAGUUGGUAUUUUUUGGUGAUGGGCCUAGAGUUUUCGAUCUAGGGGAUUUGCUUAGGGCGUCUGCAGAGGUUUUAGGAAAGGGAACGUUUGGAACUGCAUACAAGGUGGUGUUGGAGAUGGGAUUAGUGGUUGCUGUGAAGCGACUCAAGGAUGUCAAUAUGUCGUCGGAGGAAUUCAGUAAGAAGAUUGAGGCCAUCGGCGCAAUGGACCACCCCAACCUUGUUCCUCUCCUUGCUUAUUACUUCAGCAGGAAUGAGAAGCUUUUGGUGUAUGCUUACAUGCCAAUGGGAAGCCUUUCUUCCAUCCUCCAUGGGAACCGAGGAUCUGGCCGCAGCCCUCUCAACUGGGAGAUUAGAACCAGCAUUGCCUUGGCUGCUGCCCGUGGCAUCGAGCACAUUCACUCUACCAGUCUCACAGCCUCACAUGGCAACAUCAAGUCCUCCAACGUUCUCCUUGCCAGCUCCUCCGAGGUCCGAGUCGCCGACCACUGCCUUGCUCAUCUCGCCGGCAACUCUAUCGUAUCGAAUCGAUUUGCUGGUUACCGUGCGCCAGAGGUCACCGACACUCAAAGGGUUUCUCAGAAGGCCGAUGUCUACAGUUUUGGCGUGCUCCUCCUUGAGCUAAUUACUGGCAAGGCUCCAGCCCAAGCAAUCCUUAAUGAAGGUGGUGUUGAUCUGCCACGGUGGGUACAGUCGGUCAUUCAUGAAGAGUGGAUGACUGAGGUAUUUGAUAUGGAGCUGUUGAGGUAUCAGAACGGGGAGGAAGAGAUGGUGCAGAUGCUGCAGCUUGGGGUAGACUGUACGGCGCAGAUUCCCGACCAGCGGCCGACGAUGUCUGCAGUGGUAGUGAGGAUUGAGGAGAUCCGGCAAGCAAGCCUGCUGGCGAACAAGGAGCAACAUCAACAUCAACAGCAGGCAUUGGCAUUUGAUGUUGAUGAUUAGAAUUUCUCCAUGGCUCUGUUCAGGAUUCAGGCAUACUUCUUCACUUCCAUUUGUAUAUGUAUUGGUGGAUGUAUGGAUGGAUGAUUUUUUUUUUU